ACAGUUCAAUUUAUUCUAUCUCUUGAAUCACAUCCAGCAGGUAUUAUUAUAACAAAAUGGCAUUCAAGUUCGUGACCUUCUUCGCCCUGGUGGCCGUUGCCCGUGCCGGAGUCCUCGCUCCAGUUGGCUACUCGGCUCCUCUGGGAUAUGCCGCUCCUUUGGCCACCCAGAACCUUAUCGCUGCCCCACUUGCCAAGACUGUUAUUUCCAGCCCACAGUAUUCCUUCUCGUACGGAGUUUCCGAUGGUCUGACCGGUGACCAGAAGUCCCAGCAAGAAUCCCGCAGUGGAGAUGUUGUUCAGGGAUCUUACUCGCUGGUUGAUUCGGAUGGUUUGAAGCGUACCGUUGAUUACACUGCUGAUCCAAUCAACGGAUUCAAUGCUGCUGUUCGUCGUGAACCCUUGACCGUUGCUGCCAAAACCCUUGUUGCCCAGCCUGCCUAUGCCGCCUACGCUUCUCCAGUUGCCAAGACCAUCAUCUCCCAGCCAGCCAUCGCCAGUUAUGCCGCUCCUCUGGCCGCCAAGACCAUCGUUUCUCAACCAGCUCUGGCCUCCUAUGCCUCUCCAUUGGUCUCCAAUACCAUUAUUUCGCAACCCGCCUUGACUUCCUAUGCUGCUGCUCCUCUUGCUACCAAGACCAUCCUUUCUCAGCCAGCCUAUGCUACUUCUUUGGCCACCAAGACCAUCGUCUCGCAACCAGCUCUGGCAACCUAUGCCUCUCCUCUGGCCGCUAAGACCCUCAUCUCGCAACCAGCUAUCGCUUCGUAUGCCGGUCCUCUGGCCGCCAAGACCAUCGUAUCUCAGCCGGCCUACGCCAGCUAUGCUGCUCCAGCUUACUACAACUAAGUGAUGAGACUGAUAAUGAUGGUGACCUGACCAAUAUGCUCUGAAUAUAUUGAUUGAUAAC